AUGGACAACGCGUUCGUCAGUGCUUCUCUGCUCAGUCGACUCAACAUGCUUCACACUCUGGUCAUCGCGUUCCUCCUCACCGCUGUGGUCGGCGACUACAAGUGUCCGCUAGGGUCUCAAGUCAUCACCAUCCGCGACGAAUAUGCCUCCGCCGCCAUGAUCGCAGGCGGAAUCAGCCAAGGCAGCUCAGGGUUCCCGAAAGUGUUUGUCAACCAGCCAAUCGAGGACCAGCCGGCCGUCCACUUCGGCAACGCGGCCGACGACCGCUGCAACGAUGAGCGCACGCGUCUGCUCGAGUUCCCCGUCAACGAGGACGGCAGCGUGUUCCAGAAGAACGGCGGGGGCGGCGCGCACGGGCGGCGGGCGAGCGUGGCGCGCGUCGUGUACCUCGAGGACGGGCGGUCGCUGUGCGGCGUCAUGACGCACCUGCCGCCGUUGACGCAGCCGAACACGUGCAUGUGCCAGCGGUAUCGCGGGUGCGAGUACUACGUUGCGCGCUCGUCUGGCUGA